AUGCAAGAUAAUAACAUAGAGAGCAUUGAGAAUCAGAAUAUUAGUGUUGUCAAAGUAUUAUAUCAUAAUAUUUAGUUUUCGAAUGAUGAUUAGUCUUCAUAAGGUCAACCAAGAAUAGAAAAAUCUGUAAAUAAUCAACAAGAACAUGAAAAUUCAAUGUUUUUAAUAGAACAUAGAGAUGAUUAUAAUAUGGAAUAGUAAAAUCAUGAAGUUGUUCGUAAACUUUCAGAGUAAGAAAUAGAAAUCAUACAAUUUGCCGAUCAUAAAGAUAUGUUUUUUGGCAAUAAUUAAGCAGAAGGUGAGAAUGAAUUUAAAGAAUAAAAAAAAGAAAAAAUUAUUAUAUAAAAUAUAGGAGUUCCAGAAUAUAAUCAUAAUUCACAUUAAUAUGAUAAUUAAUAUCAUAGAAAUAUUGCUAUAAUUUAGGAACCAAUUUAAUAAAACUAUGCUUAAAAUCAAUACAUAAAUUAAUAGCCGAUUAUUAUGACUCAUCAAUAGGCAAUGAUUCCAAAUUAAUAAUAAAAUACUCCAAUUUAGCUGACUGAUUAAUAUUAAAGAGAAUAAAAUUAGGAAAUAGGGAACGAAAAAAAGAAUAAAAAAAAGAAAAAAUUAGAUUAGGAAAAUAGUGAUUUAUAUUAUUAAAAUAAUGUUGUGGUUGUACCAGUAAACUAAAAUGAAGCUGCAGAUAAUACUAUAGUUAAUUUAGGCUCUAAUAUAUCAGCUUAUUGUUGUCUAGGUUUGCUAAAUAGAUCUGAUAAUUGUUGUUAAUGGAUUUGUGAUUUAUUGGUUUAUUGUUUAAGUUGUCCUAUAAUUAUGCUUAAGAAACUAAUAAUUUUGAUUUGGGAUGGAUGUCUGGAAGGAUUAUGUUCAAAUUUGUGUCCAAAUUGUCAUAAAUCAUGUAAUACAUGCUGUGGACUUUCAUCUUUCAAUUGUGGUAAAAUAAAUUGAAAUAUAUUAAGUUAGAUGUUAUAAUAGUUUGA